CAAAAAGCAAAAAAGUGUGAAUAUUUUCGUAACUUAAUAUUUUCUAUAAUAAAAUUAAUUUAAUUGGACUUCACCAUAAAUUGAUUUUACAAAACUCAUUUUAAAAGUUUAUAUCAGACGUAUCCUUAUGGACGUAUCAGACGUAAAAAGACACGACCCGCCCACUACCUGCAGCAACAGAAGAACAAGCCCGGGCAAAUCCUUCAUCUCGUCUGUUCCAGAAGUUUAUUCGAACGGGGUUUUCUACGGAGCCGGAUAAUACUUCACGUACCUCAUAUGGGAUGGCCCUGUAAAUUGUGCAACACUGUGGUACCAGGAAAGAGUGACAUUUUAAAGCAUUAUAGACUGCAUCAUGGGACUUUUGGACACAGCCAUGCCUUGCCUUUUAUUCAUAUAGAUUGCCCAUGUUCUUUUAAAUCCUGGAGUUCCUUCCGCUCUCACCUCUCAAGAUACCACCCAGAAGCUAAAUCCUUCAUCUCACCACAAGAAAGCAAAUGGUGAUAUUGAAGCGCCACAUCUGUCUCCAACAUAACUCUUCUUAGAAAUGGAGCAAACUGUGAGAUUCCGGGUCCUCAUCGAUCAUGAAAUCAAGACACUCACUCUCAGCAGUGGCAUGCCCUCAACUGUGAAUGAGUUGGUUGCAGCUGUCAAAGAACAUUUUUCCAUCCCCACAGAUAUAAGUCUUCAAUACAAAGAUGAGGAAUUUGAUGACUUCUUCACCCUAACAUCUACCAAUGAGCUGAAAGAUAAGUGCACACUUAAAGUUGUGUAUACACCGCUGGAGUUGACGCUGACCGUUGUUCCCCAGGAAAGCACCCCAGAUGCCUCUGAUGUCAGCUCUCUCUGUGAGUGUACGAGUCUCAGUGGGAACUCAGUGGAUACCGUCAUUCCGAGUCCAUCCCCCUCUGAAAGGCAGAGCCCAUGGCCUGCUGUGUUUCCAAUUCCAACCUUCUCACACAACACUGAACUGGCCUUAAGACAAGGAAACGAGAUUUAUUUAAGAGAUGGCACCCCUAUGACAUCACCAAGUAUCAAAUCAGACAUCCUGGAGCGCCUGGCAGAGGCCAUAUUUUUCUACACAGCUUACCCCAAUGAUGCCCAGAGAUGUGCAGUGGCAGAGGCACUAGUUGCAAAGCAUCCCUGCUUAAAGGAGCCCGGAUCUUUUAAUGGAACUUAUGGGUGGCAGGUAAGCCUAAAGUAUAAGUGUGGAAACUACCGGACAAAACGGAAAGCACUUGGAAGCACUGAACUCCUGAUAAACUCACUGAGAAACAAGUCAAGUGAUGAGCGAAAAGCUGCUAAAAAUGUCAAAAAACCAAAGAGGGCAGAGGUGAAUUACUUGCCCUCACACCCACAUGGUGAAACAGAUGACACCCUUGAGAAUCUGAGACUUGACCUAAUUGCUGCCCAUCAGACAAAGGACUCUGUCAGGAGCACAAAUGAUAUGAUGGCCAUAACAUACAGCUGGAGAAGACAGGAAGUUAUUACAAAGUCUCCUGGUGUGGCAGAAUUCAAGGAAAGAUGGCCUGCCCUCUUCGAACCAUUCCAGGUAAACGAGGAGUUCCGAAGAUGUACUGCGGUUUCCCUGGAAGCGACGUUUAUGUCACAGCUGGACAAAUACACCCCAAAGCUCCUAGAACUCUUUAGUGCCAAGGGAGGAGCAACUGGUCAACGCAUCAAAAAGUUGUUGAUGGAUCUGAUACAGGACCCAAGUGCCACUACAGUGAAGAAGAGAGAUGUCACUCUGAGAUGCCUCUUUGAGUAUAUGGGAGAGAGUGGACAGGAGCUUAUCUCGGAUUACUGUGGGGCCGCAGAGACCACUGUUCAUGAGUGACCUGAAAAUUAAGAACAUGAGCAUCUAUGUCUGCCGUGAGCCAGAUGCAGUAGGAAUCAUCAUUGAGGGAAUACCAGUCCUUACCAAUCUUGGAAACCUGGCCAAAGCAUGCUGCUUCCUGCUUGGGUUGACAUAUGCACUUAAUCUUGAGUAUCCAUCCAAGCUUUCCAAAACAUUUGAGGUGUUUCAAAGACUUUUCGUGGGACUUGACACACUGCGCCCAAAACCAAGCCCCAAGUUCAUGACCCUGAAAAACAAACUCCUUGCCUAGGCACUCAGACAUGACUGUCACUGCACUUGUGAACAGCUGUUUUCUUCUUUCUAUUUUCAACAUCAUUAUACAUUGGACAUAAUGGGUGUUA